UGUUGUGUCCCGAAUUAUCAGCUGUUGGCCUUUAAGCUUAUCGUAAAAAGACGGGGGACCCGUUCCAGCUUAUCCCUCGCGUCACACCUAAUAAUACCCACUGACAACAGGCAGAGUGGGACAGAGGGUCUGACUGGGUCUGGACCAGGACUAUAUAUAAUGUCAGGCUUGCUGGGAGACAAAGACACACACUAGGAAAACAACCAGCGGAUCUAUCACACUGGAAAGAGGCGUCUUUGGAAGCAAUAACUUCAAUCACCAUGUCACAGCCAGCCGAGGUGAAGAAGAAGAAGCGUCCCCCGAUGAAGGAGGAGGACCUGAAAGGAGCCCGCAGUAAACUGGGACUGAAGGGCGAGGUCAAGAGUAAGACCUAUGAGGUCAUGGUGGAGUGUGAGCGAAUGGGUAAAGUGGCUCCAUCUGUGUUCAGCGGUGUGAGGUCAGGGACAGAGACGGCCCUGGGCAAUCCUGCUGCUGCCAAAGCUCCUGGAGCCAGCGUGUUCAGCAAGUAGACGCACUGAAACAAACGCACUGAUGAAACACACUGUUGUCUUUAUGAUUCUGAGUCAAUGGUGAUGCUGCGUAAUGUGGACUGCAAACAUUUUUUUUUUUUUUAAUGAAGUUGGAUUUAAGAGAGAUAAAAGGGCUAGUUUUAUGCCAGUAGAGUGUGAUGACAUUACUGCUAUGUAAGCAGUUAUUGUACUUUGUAAUUUGCACAGUCCAUCUGACUUGGAGAUUGGCAGGUUGUGAUUACUGUGGCUGUAAAUGAGUUGUGACAUUUAUUUAUCAAUGUUGACAAAGAUUGUUAAAACAUUUGCUUACUUGUUCUUUUUGUAAUGCACAAUUUUACUUAAAUAAAUGAUUUCCCCCUGUA